GCAACCCCAGAAAAUAAAAAAGAGAAAUUUUAUUGGAGGGUAUCAUACUCAUAUCUCACUGUACAGGAAGAGAGAGAAGACGCACAAUACACUACACACCUCCGAAAUUGAAGGGGGCGAAAAUUUGUAUGCUUCCUUGGAUUUCCUAGAUCUCAUCUCUUCUCAUCUGGGGUUUGGGGGCUGAGGGUUGUCUGUGCUAGAGAAAGAAUAUUGCCUAGACCAAUGAUAAAUGACCAAUGUAUCAUCCAAAGAAUGUUCCUAAUUCGAGUUUAAUUGGAAGCAAUUCAUUAGUUCAUGAUCAAAACAUAGAUUGUGGUAGGAGCGCAAUGGAUGCUGGUAGUGGAGGAAACAGUCUUGCCAACAACUCAAAACAACGUUUGCGCUGGACACAUGAGCUACAUGAACGAUUUGUUGAUGCUGUGGCUCAACUUGGUGGGCCCGAUCGUGCCACACCCAAAGGUGUUCUCAGAGUUAUGGGUGUACAAGGCUUAACCAUUUACCAUGUUAAGAGCCAUUUGCAGAAAUACCGAUUAGCAAAAUACUUACCUGAAUCCUCAUCCGAUGAAGGGAAAAAAGCCGACAAGAAAGAAACGGGGGAUAUGCUUUCCAAUCUAGAUGGUUCAUCGGGAAUGCAAAUUAAUGAAGCACUAAAGCUUCAAAUGGAGGUGCAGAAGCGUCUACACGAACAAUUAGAGGUGCAGAGACAGCUACAGUUAAGGAUAGAAGCUCAGGGAAAAUAUUUGAAAAAGAUAAUCGAAGAGCAACAGCGACUCAGCGGGGUUCUUUCAGAAGCACCGGGCUCUGGUAUUGCAGCACCAACUCCAGGAGAUAUGUGCCAACAAGAACUAGACAAUAAGACUGAACCGGCAACCCCCGACCCAGAAAAAGCUGCUAAAGAUCAUGCACCAGCAAAGAGUCUUUCAGUCGAAUCUUUUUCAUCUCACCACGAACCGAUGACACCGGAUUCCGGUUGCCAAGUCGGCUCUCCUGCUGACAGUCCUAACGGCGAGAGAUCAGCUAAAAAGCAACGAGUAAGCGUGGAAGGAGAGUAUUCAAAUCCAGACAUGAUGCUUCCACAUCAGAUACUAGAGUCAAGCUUGCCGUCAUACCAGCAACCAACCACUGUUUUCCUUAGCCGAGAUCACUUUGAUUCUGCCUUAGGUAUGCCUACUAGAAAUGGCGAGGAGUUGGACAAGCUUGGUGGCCGGAAUAUGUGAUUUGGAGGUGUAAUCUGCAGAAUAUGCAGUAUCUUAGUUUGUGUUAUAUGUAUUACUCUUAGUUGAUGGAGGAACUUGUUCUUCAUAGAUUUUCAAAUUUUAGUUCAGUUGAACUCUUGACUAAAUACACAGCCUUUAAUUUGAUUAUUUUAGAGAAUUGAUUUGAA